GCACUCCAUCGGUUGUAACUCUGUAUUUUCAAUAAUCUAAGAAGCGGUUUAAGCGCUGGAGGUCUCACAGCCUAACGAGAAGAAACUCUUGAUCGCACCGUUUUACAGAACCAGGAGGGGGUGUUUCUCAGGAAGAGCCAUUGAGAGCUCGACUGAACCGCAGCGAUGAGCUUCUUCGGUUUUGGUCAAAGUGCGGACAUCGACAUAGUUCUGAAUGACGCCGAAACGAGAAAGAAAGCGGAGCAUAAAAGCGAGGACGGCAGGAAGGACAAGUAUUUUCUCUUCUACGACGGGGAGACGGUGUCGGGGAAAGUCAACGUGACGCUCAAGUACCCGGGGAAGAGGUUCGAGCACGGCGGCCUCAAGGUGGAGUUUAUCGGGCAGAUAGAGCUGUACUACGACCGAGGGAACCACCACGAGUUUGUGUCUCUCGUGAAGGACUUGGCUCGGCCGGGGGAGCUCACACAGUCCCAAACGUUUGAUUUUGAGUUCACGCACGUGGAGAAACCCUACGAGUCUUACACCGGCCAGAACGUCAAACUACGCUACUUCCUGAGGGCCACUGUCGGCCGGAGGCUGAAUGACAUCAGCAAGGAGCUUGACAUCGUGGUGCACACGCUCAGCACCUACCCGGAGCUCAACUCCUCCAUCAAAAUGGAAGUGGGGAUUGAGGACUGUCUGCACAUAGAGUUUGAGUACAAUAAAUCCAAGUAUCACCUCAAAGACGUGAUCGUCGGGAAGAUUUACUUCCUUUUGGUGAGGAUCAAGAUCAGACACAUGGAGAUCGACAUCAUCAAGCGGGAGACAACCGGCACGGGGCCCAACGUGUACCACGAGAACGACACCAUGGCGAAGUACGAGAUCAUGGACGGCGCGCCGGUCAGAGGAGAGUCCAUCCCCAUCCGGCUGUUUCUAGCAGGUUACGAGAUGACGCCCACCAUGAGGGACAUCAACAAGAAGUUCUCGGUGCGCUACUACCUCAACCUGGUCCUCAUCGAUGAGGAGGAGAGGCGCUAUUUCAAACAGCAGGAGAUCACCCUGUGGAGGAAAGGCGACAUCGUGAGGAAGAGUAUGUCUCACCAGGCCAUCAUCGCCUCCCAGCGCUUUGAAGGCUCCUCCAAUCCGGAGAAGAACCACACCCAGAGCAACGAAGAGGACGACAGCUAAAGCCCAUUUUGUAUGUGUGUGUGUGUGUGUGUGUGUGCGUGGCAAGGGAGCCAACAGUCUGACUCAAACUGUAGUUGGAAGUAAUUGUGUUUG